AGCCAGCCUAGUCACUCUUGCUUGCGUUCCAGAGACUUCCAUACGCAUAAAAACUCUCCUCCAACCAAACUCCAAGCUGCAGUUCCAGUUCCAGUUCCAGACCAAACCAAAGUCCAGCCCUCCGCCAUCUGAAAGUUCCGACCUGCAGCUGCUCUCCAGUUCUGUCGACAGACGUUUCUGAAGCGAUUCUAUUCAAGUCUUCUGACGUCACGUGCCAAUCGCAGAUUCUAGCGAUCGAGAGUUCUACAACGACAAUUUUGACGGCGACGGCGACGUGGACGACACAAAUAUAUUUCAGAAUAUGACAUCAAGAAGAGUAGAACCCUCUGGAGCAAGUCGAGCUUCAUCUCAAGCAUCGACUGCAAGCACAAUGGCUCCCUCAGUAUGUGCAUCUGUUAAGAGAAAAUCGGUGCAAAUUGAAGCACCAAUUGAUGAUGUGGAUAUUGAUUUGGCUGCAAUAGGAGAUUUUGAUGUCUCAGCUUCAAGUGAAGAAGCUGAAGCAAUUGAACGUCCUGAAAGCCAAAUGGAAGCACCACCUCCUGUUAUUCCAUCUACUAAGAGGAGGAAAACAUCAGUUGUUUGGGAGUGUUAUCCCGAAGAUAAGUUUGUUACUAUUGGCGAUGCUACAUUUGCAGUUUGCAAGUAUUGCCAAAAAAAGCUGAAAUUACAAAAGACCAAGGCUACUUCCCAUUUGACACGACAUAUGGGUCAAUGUGUCGAAAGGAAGAAAGCAAUGGGGAAAGACUUGGUCGUGGGGGGACAAACAGUUUUGGGUUUUGAGCGUUCAACCUCAGGGGUGCCUACGCCAACUGUGGUGAAAACAAAGACUACUUAUGAGCAUCCCAAGGUUCGAGAGGCCUUAGCCCAUAUGGUGAUGAUAUCUGAAUUGCCAUUUAAUUUUGUCGAGCACCCCGACUUUAUUAAUUUUUGUCACGUUCUGCAACCUUUUUAUGAAAAAGUUGGAAGAAAGCAAGUAAAAGCUGAUUGCUUUAGGGUUUAUCAAACAGAGCGUGACAGAUUGAAGAAGGUUUUUGAGGAGACAAGAAGGAUUAGUAUUACUACUGAUCUUUGGAAGUCAGAUCAUCAAAGUAUUGAGUACAUGGUACUCACAGCGCAUUGGGUGGACCAGUCGUGGUCCUUAAAUAAACAAAUUAUAAAUUUUGUGCACCUACCUCCACCUAGGAGAGGAAUAGACAUUGCAGCAGCAAUAUUUGACUGUCUAAAGGGGUGGGGGAUUGAACAUAAGGUAAAAUCAAAUUUGUAACUUUGAAGCAAUGUUCCUCGGAACUUCAGAUUGUUAGAGGAACUUGAACGUGGAGAAAAAGGUAUUGGAGAUGGUACCGUCAGCUAUGGGAUGGAUGAUGGAGAUGACAUUUACAUGCGCUCCUGGACUGGCACUGUCAUCGGUCCUCACAAUGUAAUUGCAUCUUCAUUUGAUUGAUAAAUUAUGUAUGUUAUAUAGACGUUCUAUCAGUUGAAACCAUACAGUUGUGUGCA